AUGGCCUCACUCUACAAGAGCUCGCGCACAGCGCUGCCGAGUCUGUCGUCGUGCCUCAGGGCCUCGGCCUCGUCCUGCCGGACACGGGCUCGGCAGAGAAUACCACAGCCGGCCCGCCCGUUCCACGUCACCAGCCUCCGCCGCACCGCAGAUGACCAGUUCACGAGCAAGACGCGGCUGCCCGAGUUCAGCCUCAAGGACAAGGUCAUCGUCGUCUCGGGCGGCGGCCGGGGCCUCGGGCUGGUCCAAGCCGAAGCCCUGCUCGAGGCCGGAGCCACCGUCCACGCCAUCGACCGCCUGGAGGAGCCGGCCGACGACUUCGCCCGCGUCGCCCGCCGCGCCCGCGACUCGCUCGGCUCGAGCCUGACCUACCACCGCCUCGACGUGCGCGACUCGCCGGCGCUGCACGCCGCCGUGCGCGCCAUCGCCGACCGCCGGGGGCGCAUGGACGGGCUCAUCGCCGCCGCGGGCAUCCAGCAGGAGACGCCGGCGCUCGAGUACACGGCCGAGGACUGCGACCGCAUGCUCGGCGUCAACGUCACGGGCGUCUUCAUGACGGCCCAGGCCGUCGCGCAGCAGAUGGUGCGCCUCGGGAACCCGGGCAGCAUCGUGCUCAUCGGCAGCAUGAGCGGGACCGUCGCCAACAGGGGUCUGAUCUGCCCAGCGUACAACGCCUCCAAGGCCGCCGUCCUGCAGCUCGGCCGCAACCUCGCCUCCGAGUGGGGCGAGCACAACAUCCGCGUCAACACCAUCUCGCCGGGCUACAUCGUCACCGCCAUGACCGCCAGCCUCUUCGACCGCUUCCCCGAGCGCCGCACCACCUGGCCCCAGGCCAACAUGCUCAACCGCCUCAGCUACCCCGAGGAGUACCGCGGCGCCGCCGUCUUCCUCCUCAGCGACGCCAGCAGCUUCAUGACGGGCGCCGACCUGAGGAUCGACGGCGGCCACUGUGCGUGGUAG